UUCCACAUGUAAACAUGCGACUUAAUCCCGUGGCUAACGACGUCCAAGUUAAACAGUUCUGUCGCGUGUAUUCAUGCCUCUGAUAAGCGUGUUAUCGAGAACUUAGACAUUAGCUUCCUGUGGUGGAUUUGUAUUAAACUGCAUUUCACUUUUUGAGUUGGUGCACACGCCGUAAAGUUAGCAGUUAGCCAUGGCGGCGCACACCAUAUUUGUUGGUUCUCUACCAGAUUCAGCUUCUAAUGAGCGACUCGAAGAAAUAUUCUCAGAAAUUGGUCCGGUAAAGAAAUGCUUCGUGGUCAGAGAUAAAGAGACAGAAAAAUGUCGGGGGUUUGGUUUUGUCACAUAUUCCAUGGAGGAAGAUGCACAACGAGCCUUAAAAGAAAUUAAAGAAUACGACGGGCAGAAGCUGUCCCUGACAGUCGCCAAGAGUAAAAUCAAAGACAAAAACAAGAAAGGUUCGUAUGAAGACAUGUUCCAAAACUGGCAAUUAGGAGAGUCCUGUGUCUCCAUGGUAACCUUGCACUUAUGUCAUUUAGCACCUACAGAGGCAGUCACUGCUCCAAAGGAGAAUCAGCAGAAAGGCUCCAAGAAAAAGCUACUGAAAGCAAGACUUAUUAUAAGGAAUCUCAGCUUUAAGUGCACAGAGGAUCAUUUGAAAGAAGUAUUUGCAAAGUUUGGGACGGUUGUUGAGGUCAAAAUCCCCCUCAAACCUGAUGGAAAGAUGCGUGGAUUUGCAUUUGUCCUGUUUAAAAAAGUGCCAGAGGCGUCAAAAGCACUUAAUGCUUUGAACUUGAAGGAGAUAAAAGGCCGACCUGUAGCAAUUGACUGGGCUGUACCAAAGGACAAGUUUGUUACUACACAGCAGUCCUCAAAUUCAGCCAGUACAAAUCCAGAAGAAGCAAAUGCUAACACUGACAGUGACACGGACGAUGAGGAUGAAGAAAAGACGAAAGCUCCACCUGAGAAGAAAAAUGUCAGUUCAAAAUCAGCUGUGAAGCCUACAGAGGAAUUUGAAUCAGGUGAUGAAGAUGGGAGUGAACAAAGCAGUGAAGUGAGUGAUUCUGAUGAUGAAAAAGAUGAGGAGGAAGAGGAUGAUGAUGAUGGGGAAGAGGAGGGUGAUGAUGAUGAUGAUGAGGAUGGAGAAAGCCUUGAUUCAGAUCAUGAUGAUGGCAGUAUGGAUGAAGAGGAUGAAGAAGAUCAAUUAGCUGAGAAAAAGACCUCGAAAAAACAGCUUCCUUCAGAUGUGAAAGAGGGCAGAACGGUUUUCAUCAGGAACCUGUCAUUUGACACGGAGGAAGAAGACUUAGAGGAAGUUCUCCUUCAGUUUGGAGAACUUAACUACAUAAAGAUUGUUCUCCACCCAGAUACAGAACAUUCAAAAGGUUGUGCCUUUGCUCAGUUUAAGACUAAAGAGGCUGCCGAUAAAUGCAUAGCUGCAUCACAGGAUGAGGCGGAGGAUAGUGGUAUCCGUAUACAUGGCAGAAAGCUGAUGAUUGUUGCAGCAGUGAGCAGAGAAGAUGCCGUGAAGCUGAAGGUCGAUAAAAAGAAGGUCGAAACAGGCACGAGGAACCUGUACCUGGCCAGAGAGGGAUUGAUUCGUCCAGGAACCAAAGCUGCUGAGGGUGUACCUGAGACAGACAUGGUCAAAAGAACCAGAUUUGAAGAAAUAAAGAGGGCCAAGCUUCGGGACAUAAACGUGUUUGUGUCAAAGACUCGCCUGUGUGUGCACAACCUGCCGAAGUCAGUGGACAGCAAAAAACUCAAAUCACUCUGCCUUCAAGCUGUGAAAGGAGUAAAGGGAGUUCGCAUCACAGAGUGCCGGGUCAUCUACGACAAGAAGCCCGAGAAGGGUCAAGUGAUGGGACAAUCGUUAGGCUAUGGCUUUGUUCAGUUCCAGGAUCACGAACAUGCUCUCGCCACGCUUCGCUACCUUAACAACAACCCUUACGUCUUUGGCUCACAAAAGAGACCCAUUGUUGAGUUCUCCCUGGAGGAUUUAAGAAAACUCAAAAUAAAAGAAAUGCGGCAACAAAAGAGCAAGGAGUUUUUAAAAAAUCAGGCUAACAAAGGAGGAGUAAAACCCAAGUCCCAAACAGCCGGAGAUGGAAAAGGACCAGGGAAAGGUGGGAAUAAAGCACAAUCCUCACUGAAGAAAACGGCAGAGGAAAAAAGUAUUCCUGAAGGCCAGAAACAAGACCAACACUUUUCAGGCUUCCAGACCACAUCUGAGGUUGAACACGUAGAUUUGCAGAAUGGGAAGAAACGAAAGAAAGUGCUGCCUUUGCCUUCCCAUCAGGGACCAAAGAUCAGAUCGCGUGACAAGAGAAAGCAGCAGAAAGCCCCUCCGCCUAAGAAAGCCAAGCCUGGAUCAACCAGGAAGGAGCGACCAAAGCGACAGAUUGAGAAGCCCACACAGCCCAGAAACCAGGUUUGCAAAUUUGGUGUUACAUGUGCUUAUUUGUAAUCUUGAGUAAUAGUC